CUGUCUUGAAGAGUAGCAUUGAAUUCGAGUUGAAUUUUUGUAAAGGUCCAUAGCUGAUAGCGAAUAUAUUUUUACAGUUUCAGUGGGUGCGGACAAAAAAGAAGUCAUUUUCAAUAAGCUUUGGAACGUUUUGUAAAGGAGAAAGAUGGAACGAAAAUUAUUUGCAUUGCUAUUUACUGGAUUUGUCAUUUGUGAGAUUUUUGUGGGGCAUGUUGAUACGGCAAACGGAAAGCGCAAGGUAUCGAAAAUGGCUGGAGAUAUUGACAAGCUGGCUUUUGCGAAAAAAGUAAUCAUUAUAACUGGUGCCAGUUCCGGAAUUGGAGCCCAUGCCGCUGUACAUUUGGCAACGAAAGGUGCAAGUGUUUCAUUGGUUGGUCGUGAUGAAAAGCGGCUGAAUGAGGUUAGUGAGCAAAUUAAAAGUGCUGGAGCACCGACUCCAUUGGUAAUCAUAGCCGAUGUCUCAAAAGAUGCUCAGCGAAUUAUUGACGAGACAGUAACACACUUUGGAAAGUUGAAUAUUCUCAUAAAUAAUGCUGGUAUAGUAAAGCUAAAUAAUGCUGAAAAUAUCGAUAUGGCCGAUUUUGAUUUGAUAAUGAGUACAAAUGUACGAAGUAUUGUUGAACUCACCAAAUUGGCCAUUCCACAUUUGAAAAAGACCAAGGGCAAUAUUUUGAAUGUAUCAAGUGCUUGCGCGGAACGCAGUAUGUCGAAUUAUUACGCUUAUUCCAUGUCAAAGGCAGCUGUUAAUAUGCUAUCAAAAAGUGCUGCUAGAGACUUGGGCCCAAUUGGCGUUCGAAUAAAUGUUCUUAGUCCGGGAUUAAUUCGAACACCGAUAGCUGAAACGCGUUUUGGAUCAGCAGAGAAGGCUAAUCGGUUUUACGAAAAGAACGAAAAUCUUUAUCCAGUGGGUCGAGUUGGUGAAGUAGCAGAUACAUCGGCUGCUAUUGAAUAUCUAGUUGGUGAUUCAGCCGGCUUUGUCACAGGAACCAUAUUAACGGUCGAUGGUGGAGCUUUGUUAAUUGGAGACUUAUUGGUUAAAUAAUUUCUUUCCUAAUUACAUAUCAAUUCAAAUAGAAUUUGAUAAUAUGAAAAGAAUAAUAAAUAUACAAAGAAUAUCAAAUACAUUCCAUUAUCUUUCGACCGCUUGAGGCUGAUACUUGAAUUAUAUAUUCAUAUCAAACCAAAUAAAAUGUAUUUCGAUGAAACAAAA